AUAGAUUGCCAAAGUGUUCUGAGUGUCACCAUAAGAAAGCCACAAGAACUACAAGAAUUUUAUCUCUGGGACCCCAACCAAGUUGCAAUUGAUAUAAAAGUCAAAGUCAAGCAGCUUCCAUUUUCAGCUGCAUUUUCUCUCAACAUCUUUUACCCUGACUUGCAGGAUAGUAAAAAAACAUAUGCAUUGGUGGACAACAUCAAGCUACCAAAAAUAGGCCGCAAAGGAUUGCAACGGGGAGACAUCAUCAUUUCCAUCAAAGAACGUAAACUUGAGAAUGAGACCUAUGAAGGACUACAACAAAUUGUCCACCAACUUAACCUACAAAAGCAGAUAAAACUAAUAAUUCAACGGAGACAAUGGAGACAGAAUGAUUACCUUACCAGUCUUGCAAUUGACUCACCAGCAAAUUUAGACUGGAGACCACUUCAAGCUGAGUUACAGAAGAAACAUUUAAAAGAACCACUUGGUUUUAAGUUUGUAUUUGCCAAGAAUCAACUAGAACAGCCAUGUCCAAUAAUAAAGCAAAUUGCAGCUGGAGAAACACCAGCAGCCAAGUGUCCAUAUCUUACUCCAGGAUGCAAGAUAACAGCUGUCAACAAGCAUCCAGUAAAGGGGCUCUCUUUUGAAGGGAUGAAAACCAUGCUCCAGAAAGCUCAACGUUCUGUACUAUUAUCCAUUGAAGAACCCACAGGCCUGCUGCAAGAAAAACACUUGCCUUCUUCAGGAGAAAGGUACACAUGGCCAGGGGAGAAAGAGAAAGGAAUCCUGACCAUAUCCCAAAGCGAAGCACAGAUUUCUUUUUCAAACAGCUCUCUGGCAGAUGGAGUACAGACUGUUAAUUUGUGCCAGCAGGUCAAAGGUGCAAGCAAGACUGUAAAUGAUGCCAAGCAUGAAGUUUCCCCUGACCAUGAGAGGCUGGUCAAUUGCUUGACUCAACAAAUGCCUCCUGAUUGCCGGAGUGGAUACAGUGAAGCAGACAGACGGCCCUCUGCACCUACUGUGAAAGUGCCAGACAAAGCUCAAAGUACUCCUAUUUGCCAGAAAUGUGUGGAGAUUUCCAAGACAGACAAGCAGAAACAAACUAUUCAGGACAUUCCAGUGAAAAUUUACCAUACAGUUUGUCAAAGAAUGGAUAUAGAAUCUCCCUCUUGUAAUGACCAUCGCAUUUUUGGUGAGAAACUUGGGUUUUCAAGAAAUGAGAUUUUUGCCCCCAACAAUCAACCAACUGAUUGUCUCCUGCGUGUUUGGAGUGAAAGAAAGGGAAAGAAUGCCACUGUUGAAAAAAUAAUGAACAUUCUUGAUGACAUGGAACGCCAUGAUAUCCUUGAGUUAUUACAAGUCUGGGUAGAAAGUAAAUAUUGCUCAAAAUGCUUUAAAGCAUUCCAACAAGCACAUGAAAGAGAAUCUUGUGUUUAGAAGAGCAUAACAAGAAGGAAUAAGUCUGCUCCAGACAAUAAUUGAACAAAUUAAAUAUAACUACAUAAACAUCAAAUGUAUCUAUUCUGUGAGUGGUGCUUUUAAGUAAUUGGUAAUACUAAACAUCAAAUGUAUGUUUUCUGUGAUUGUUUUUCCUUUAGAAAGGAACUAAAUAACUCACUGAACAAUUCAAUGUGACUGCUACAUGCAUUUUUAAACAAAAAAAGUAACACUAUACUCGAGGCCAGAACAUCUUCAAUUAUUUUAAUGGCUAAAAAUAUUUUACUUUUGUUGACAAAGGAUUCGAAAGAUGAGAUCACCCAUGAAACCGAGUAUCAUUCACAAGAAGCUCCCACAUUGCCAACCAUUUCCAAGGUAAUGGGGAUGUUUUUGACUGAUUUAUAUUUUUUAAUUUUUAGAAUAUGUUUGAAUAUGCCUGUACAUUAUUGUAAAUAGAUUUUAUUACCACCCAAAUUAAACUCGAAACAGUCUGGAAGAACUGAAAUUGUUUGUUUGGAUGGAAGAUGGAAAACACCUCCAUGCAAAUACAAGUUCAAAAUACAUUACAUUUCUAUUUUGAGAAAUUAUUAUUGACACAUUCUAUGAUUACGUGAUUAUGAUCCAUGUUUAUAUUUAGACAUCAAGGUACUUUCAAGUGGAAGAAUACAUAUCAAUUACUACUGCUGUUAGCAGCUUUGCACUCUCAUGCCUGAUUCUAAUGGGCUAUUUUUUU